AUGGCAUUCAAUCCAGCAAAGUGUCAGAUGGUAUUCUAUAAACAUGUAUCCUCCACUCACAAACUUUGGGCAUCUGAUUAUACUGGUUUCACAACUACUCAACUCCCUAUUAAGUACCUUGGCGUGCUUCUUAUCACUGGCAGAACCAAACAAACUCAGUUUGACGAGGUACUGAAUAAAAUAUCUAACCUUCUCAAUAGGUGGACACAGACUUUCUUGUCUAAUGGGGGAAGAAUUACCUUGUUAAAGAGCAUAAUCACUGCCUUCCCAGCUUAUAUAUUGCAGAUGACUACUAUAAAGAAAAGCACUCAAAUACGGCUGGAGAGACUGUUUAAUAAAUUCAUGUGGUCUGGUCAAAGACAGCAAAUGCAUUGGGCUUCCUGGAGGAAAGCAGCUAAACCUCAAAUUGUUGAGGGAAUUGGCUUUAAGGACCUUGAUCAACUCCUUCAAGUCAAUUUCUGUAAACUCUGGAUUAAGUUUAGGACACAAAAUUCACUGUGGGCAAAAUUCAUGUGGGGUAAGUAUUGCAAAGAUCAGCACCCCACACUGGUCCUAAGGAAAUUUGGUGAUUCUAGAAUUUGGGUGAAAAUGCUGAAAAUCAGACAAAUUGAUGAAACCAACUACAGUUGGGAGCUGGGAAAUGGGGAAAUCAAUUUUUGGCUUGACAAUUGGUGUCCCAAAGAUUGGCUCUCCGCCAUCACCAAUAUCUACAAUAGUGAAUUGAAAGUGGCUGAUUGUUGGGAUGGUGAUAACUGGUCCCUGGGUAAGUUAGCAAGUAUUCUGCAACCUCACUCUAUUACCAAAGUGGUAUGGAAACAGUUCCUAAAUCAGUUCACAAUUGAUCAGAAAGAGCUCACUUGGGAUAGGCUGGUCAAUUACUGGUGGCACUGGAAGAUAAGAAAGUAUGCUGCUAUCCCUUUCACCAUUGCUUGGUUCAUCUGGAUGGAAACAAACAAGGUCAAAUUUGAAGAAGCAAAUCCAAAUGUGGGGAUUACUGCUAGAAAUUGUGUAACCUAUUUGCAAAAGAUGAUUAAUUGGAAAGGAUUUCCUAACAUUUCUAACUCUUGUACAUCUAUUAAGUCUGAUCUUAUUCAAGUCAUUAGAGUCUACUGGAGAACCCCAAAUCAUCCUAUUGUGAAGUUUAACACUGAUGGAAGCUUUACUAAAAAUGGAGCUGGUGUGGGAGGUAUCUACAUAAAUCAUUUGGGUAAGUGCUUGCAAUACUUUUAUACCCCAGUCCUGGCCACUGAUGCCACUGAAACUGAACUCAUUGUUGUGUAUUAG